AUGUUCCCUAGUGACGAGGACGAAAAUCAUCACUUCUUCCGCUUGCAAUCUCUGUUGACCCGAGUCCUUCGAUGGCAACUGUUCCGUUGUCCGGCCUCGCUGCUCAAGGCCAAUGUUUUGGAUAUGGGCACGGGGACCGGCCAGUGGGCUCUCAACGUCGGCAGGAAAGAACCCUCAUGUAAAGUGACCGGUGUCGACAUCGCCCCUGUCGAAGCCGGUAGCAAUAGGGCCAACGUCAAGUUCGAGGUCCAGGAUCUGGAGUCGGAUUGGCCUCGUCGUCGGGCAUACAGCUUCAUCUUCGGCCGUCAGCUGGGUGGUUCCAUUGUUGAUUGGGCCCGACUGAUUCGCCGGUGCUACGACAACCUCGAGAACGGCGGAUGGAUCGAGUUCCAUGAGUUGGACUCCAACUUCUAUGUCAUGCCCAACUCGGCGCCAGGUCGCAAGGUCAUGGAGAUGAGCCAGCUCCUGUCGCUCGGCUUGUCCAACCUGGGCCGCAGGCUCGAUGUGGCAGACUACAUCAGGGAGCUCCUCCAACAGCAGGGCUUCGAGAAUAUCACGCACGAUCGCGUCGCGGUCCCGAUUGGCAUGUGGCCUGCGCCGGCACCACCAAAUCACAACGCCAUCGACUCGAUGAGGAACGUCGGGCUUGCUCGAAUCACGGAGCUGGAAUUCGGCAUCGAAGGCCUCACCCUCAAGCCCUUCUGCAAGGGCCUAGGUUGGACGCCGGCCCAGGUGCACCCCUUCAUCGCCGACGUCACCCGCGAAGUCGUCGUUGGGGGAACCAAGAUGGCCUCGACUCUGUGA